UGCUUUUAUGCAUUUAUAAGAUUACCCUUUUUUGUCUCUCCUUUUCUUUUUCUUCUUGUUAUUUAAGAAUGCUUCGAAUCAAUUCAACAAGAAAUCGAUUCUUGAGUUGUUCUUUUAAAAAGAAUACAAACUUAUUAAAGAGACAAUACCAUGAUGAUGGUGUAUUUGGAUAUCGCGUACCAAAGGAAUACAAGUUGCCUGAUUAUACAUCAGAAGAAUUAUCCAACCGUAUGAAAUAUGGUAGUUUGUUGCGUAUGGUUCAAGCCUAUCGCACGCAUGGUCAUGAAGGUGCCCAUUUAGAUCCACUUGGUAUCAUGAAAAGAAAAGAAGUGCUUGCUUUAAAACCUGAAAGAUAUGGUCUUGAUAAGAGCGAUAGUCAGCCUUACAAUCUUGCUGGUAUUUUACAUGUAAAUGACACCGUACAAGAGAAAAGCUUGAGUAACAAGAACGAAGCUGAUUUCGAAACCAUUUUGAACCAUUUACAUACUGUCUACUGUGGGAAAAUUGCCUAUGAAUUUAUGCAUUUGCCUUCUGCUAGUGAAAGAAGAUGGUGGUAUCAUGCUGUCGAAAGCUGGGAAAAACCACAACUGACAAUAGACCAAAAAAAGCGUAUUCACAAACUCCUUUCCAAGUCUGAAGACUUUGAUCACUUUCUGGCUAAAAAGUUCCCUAACGUAAAGCGAUAUGGUCUCGAAGGCGCCGAAAGCAUGAUGGUCGCUUUAGAUCGUAUUUUUGAGCUCUCUGCCACAAAUGGUAUCCAAGACAUUGUGAUUGGUAUGCCUCAUCGUGGUCGUCUUAACUUACUUUGUGAUUUACUCGAGUUUCCCUAUGCUGCUUUGUUCCAUAAGAUGAAGGGCUACCCAGAAGUACCUGAAGGCACAUUUGCUUCAGGGGAUGUGAUUUCUCACCUGACAAAUAACCCUACACUUCACUACCAUGGAAAACCAGUCCAUGUGUCUCUGUUGCCUAACCCUUCUCAUUUGGAAGCCAUUAAUCCUGUGGCCAUGGGUAAAGCCAGAGCCAAACAAACUGGGCUGUUGAGCAAGUCUGACGAUAGCUGUAGCUUGGGUGAUCGCGUCAUGUGUGUUCAAAUCCAUGGUGAUGCUGCAUUCUCAAGUCAAGGCAUUGUGAUGGAAUCCCUGGCCAUGUCGAAUUUACCUCAUUAUUCUUCGGGUGGCUCUGUUCAUAUUGUGGUCAAUAACCAGCUGGGUUACACUACACCUGCGCAGAAUGCUCGUUCGUCUGCUUAUUGUUCUGAUAUUGGUAAAAUGAUCAAUGUUCCUGUGGUUCAUGUCAAUGGCGAUUUCCCAGAGGACGUUGCCCGUGCUUUAGACGUUGUGUUUGAAUACCGAAACAAGUUUAGAAAGGACAUCAUUCUUGAUUUGAUGUGUUACCGUCGUUGGGGCCAUAAUGAAUUGGAUGAGCCUGCGUUCACUCAGCCCUUGAUGUACAACAAUAUCCGUCACCGUACUUCUGUUCCCAAAUUGUAUGAAAAGAAGCUGUUGGAUGAGAACGUAUUGAGUUCAGAACAAGAAGCUCAGUCCAUUCGAUCGUCUCAUAUGCAAGCACUUGAAAGUCAACUUCAACAAGCAGAGUCCUAUGUGCCUAACACUGCUCAAAUCCAUCUGGAUGGAAACUGGAAAGAGAUGCAACACAUCACUUCUGGAACGCAAACAGAGCUGCCUGAUACAGGCUGUGAUACUGUGCUGUUGAAAGAGAUUGGUGAAUUAUCCGUGACACCACCCGACGGCGUCAAAAUCCACUCUCGUCUUCAGAAAUACCAUAUUGAUCAACGUACAAAGAAGCUCAAGUCAGGUCAAGGAUUGGAUUGGGCCACAGCUGAAGCACUGGCUUUUGGCUCAUUACUUAAAGAAGGCUAUGAUGUACGUAUCUCAGGUCAAGAUGUCGGUCGUGGUACCUUUUCUCAACGCCAUGCCAUGUUUGUCUGUCAAGAAAGCGAACGUACUGUUGUCCCCUUGAACCAUAUGGACAAAGCCCAAAAGAACUAUUUGGAAGUUGCCAACAGUCCACUUUCUGAAUACGGUGUGUUGGGAUUUGAGUAUGGUAUGUCCAUGGAAUCACCUCAUCGUUUAGUCUUGUGGGAAGCUCAGUUUGGUGAUUUCUUUAAUGGUGCACAGAUCACGAUUGAUACCUUCUUGUCAAGUGGAGAAGAGAAAUGGUUAAAGCAAAGCGGGCUAGUGAUGCUCUUGCCUCAUGGUCAAGAUGGAGCUGGUCCUGAGCAUUCUUCCAGUCGUAUUGAACGCUUUUUGCAGAUGAGUAAUGAUGCUUUUAAUGUCAGCAAGACAGAUAAUGUUCCACCAAAUUGGCAUAUUGUCAACUGUACGACACCUGCUCAGUACUUUCACGUGUUGCGUCGACAGAUGCUUCGAAGCUAUCGCAAGCCUCUUGUUGUGUUCUCCCCCAAGAGUUUGCUCAAGUCUCCUGUAAGUAAAUGUAUGUUGAUUUCAACUUGGCUGAUUUGUAUCCUAUAGCUUGCUGUCAGUAGCUUAGACGAAAUGGGACCUGGUACUAAAUUCCAACCUGUUUUGAAAGAUCCCUCGAUCCAAGAUCCUUCCAAGGUUGAAAAGGUUGUCUUUUGCUCUGGCAAGUUGUACUACGAUCUUGUCAAAGAAAGAGAAAACCGUCAAUUGAAUGAAAAGAUCGCUUUUGUUCGUAUAGAAGAAUUAAGUCCAUUCCCCAAGAAGGAACUCGAGCAAGAGAUUGCCAAGUUUUCUGA